AACGGCUACAGAAGGGACGUGUGGAAUAAUUAAUUCACGAGACACGCCACUAGGAGUAUUUCAGCACACCACAACGUCAUCUUUAUCAACUGGUAGAAAUACGACCGAAACAAGGCCGAAGCGCAUGCGCACUUCUUUUAAACACCACCAAGUGCGCUCUAUGAAAUCAUAUUUUGCCAUCAAUCAUAACCCAGACGCUAAGGAUUUAAAGCAACUGUCCCAAAAAACAGGACUCAGCAAACGGGUUCUUCAAGUCUGGUUCCAAAAUGCACGAGCCAAGUGGAGAAGAAACUUAUUACGUCAACAGACCCAAGGACCGGAAGUUGUCCAGGAUUCAAAACCACUGGCGGAAAUGACGCCACAAGAGACUUUACUCGGCGCUCAGGGGUCUUCGAUGAAUCUAGCCGAAAUGCACCCCACACAAAUUAUGAAGGAGGAACAAAAUGUUUCCUCGUAUACAAUGAUGUUUUAAGAUCAAAGAUUGAACUCAUUAAUGUUUAUUUUUCUUCUAUGUUUUAACCCUACGACGAGACUCAGUAGAGAAGCUAACUCCUACAAGUACGACAGUGAACGUUAACAUGUAAGAAGCUGUGAAACCUGUUGUACAUUUUCCAUAGAGGUUGACAUGGAAGUAGAAACCAGAAAUUACUCUGGUGUAGUUGACAAAGCCAAUAAACUUAGGGUACCCUUCUCUUGUAAA